AUGCACAGGAAAGAGAAGACAGAUGACAGCAGCUCUCCUCCUUCCAUACUGAGGAAAAGGCCACCUGUGGACCCAGCUGUGGGGGAGAAGCGGAGAGCAGAGCGCAGGGUUCGGUUUCGUGAGCCAGAGGAAGUCAUUGAACAUGUAAUUUCCUGCUGUGACUACGUAGUGGCAGAUGACAGGACAUCAUCUGGAUUGCCUGUGCUCCUGUGGCUCUUGUUUUGUGCACUGCUGAUCCUUGCUGUGAGUCUCUACUUCACCAGCAUGAAGCAGGAUGUCACAGUCCUGGAGGAAUUUCAAUCCCGACUUGUCAUCUUCUUUCUGCACAUAAGACACGUUGCUCAGAGGUGCUGGACUUGGUUUCUGAGGCAGUAG